UAAAUCGGCGAUCCAAAAAAGAAGCCUCCUCCUCCCUUCUUGUUGUUGUUCUUGUUCCUCCAUUUCCUUUUUGCUACUCGUCUCGAAUAAAUCCCAAUCCAAUCGCUACAAAUCGGAGACCCAAAUUUCUAAAAUUAAAAUCAAAAUCAAAAUCAAAAUAAUUCCGUUUUCAAUUUCAGUUUCCGAUCAUAAUCUUGCAUGACGGAUUACCGAUUUUCCACCAUGAAUCUCUGGACCGACGAGAACGCGUCGGCCAUGGAUGCUUUCACGAACUCCGAUCUGUCUUCUUACUGGGCUCCGUCGGCGGCGUCGUCUCAAUCUCUCCAUCACCCACCUCCGACGCAAUCCUCCGCCUCCACCACUACUCCACCGUCCGUCCCUUCCAAGUCUAUCGCUGUCUUGAACCAGGAGACUCUGCAGCAGCGCCUCCAGGCGCUCAUCGACGGUGCUAGAGAGAGUUGGACGUACGCGAUUUUCUGGCAGUCGUCGUAUGAUUAUUCCGGCGGGUCGGUUUUAGGGUGGGGAGAUGGGUAUUACAAAGGCGAGGAGAAUAAAGGGAGAGGAAAAACGAAAAUGGUUUCCUCUGCGGCGGAGCAGGCUCACCGGAAGAAGGUGCUCCGGGAGCUUAACUCGUUGAUUUCCGGCUCCGCUACCGGACUGGACGAUGUGGUGGAUGAAGAGGUUACCGACACCGAAUGGUUCUUUUUGGUUUCGAUGACUCAGUCGUUUGUUAAUGGAGUUGGGUUACCGAGUCAGGCGCUUUUAAGCUCCCGGCCGAUUUGGAUAUCCGGCGCCGACCGGCUGUCGGCGUCGGGAUGUGAUCGCGCUAGACAGGGGAGGAUCUUCGGGUUGCAGACGAUGGUGUGUAUUCCAUUACCAAACGGCGUCGUCGAAAUGGGUUCGACGGAAGCGAUUUACAUAACGACGGAUUUGAUGAACAAGGUCAAGACUCUGUUUAAUUUCAACAAUCUCGAAACGGGUUCUUGGCAAUCGGGAACCACCGGCGUCACUGUCGCCGACGAAGGGGAAAACGACCCAUCGUCGUUAUGGAUCAGUGAGCCGUCGAACACCAUUGAAAUGAAGGAUUCGAUUACCACCACCGUACUUUCCGGCGGCGCGUCGGCUAAGCCAAUCCAUUCAGAAAAUCCCAGUUCGAGCAGCUUAACGGAAAAUGCCAGCAGGAAACAGACCCCAAGCUUGAAUUUCCCCGAUUACGCCGCCGCGGCCGCCCCCACGAACCCAUCAUUCAAGUCGGAAUCCGGUGGGAUGCUGAGCUUCGGCAACAAAAGUCUCUUCUCCGGUAACUCACAGAAUGAGACAAAGAAAUCUCCGACUAGUCGGAGAAGCACCGACGAAGGGAUACUCUGUUUCACCACCGACGCGAUCUUACCCUUUUUCGGGAAGGUAAAAUCCGGCGACUCUGACCACUCAGAUCCAGAAGCUUCAGCGAUUCCAGAAGUGGAUAGUUGUAUAAAACCAUCAGAACCCGAAAAACGACCGAGAAAACGCGGCAGAAAACCGGCGAACGGAAGAGAAGAGCCAUUGAAUCACGUGGAAGCAGAGAGACAACGCCGGGAAAAACUUAACCAGAAAUUCUACGCUCUCCGAGCAGUAGUACCAAACGUAUCAAAAAUGGACAAAGCCUCAUUGCUCGGCGACGCCGUCUCCUACAUUAAUGAACUGAAAUUGAAGCUCGAAAUGGCAGAAUCAAAGAAGACGGAGAUCGAAAAACAGCUAGAAUUCAUGAAAAAAAACGGCGGAACAGGACGGAAAGACACCGGAAACUACACGAAUACAGUAAAUGAAGAUCUGAAAAUGGAGAUUCAGGUGAAAAUCAUGGGGUCGGACGCGAUGAUCCGAGUUGAAUGUAGUAAAAAGAAUCAUCCGGCGGCGAGAUUGAUGGCGGCGUUGAAGGAUUUGGAUUUGGAAAUGAUUCACGCGAGUGUUUCUGUAGUGAAUGAUUUGAUGAUUCAACAGGCAGCGGUGAAGAUGGAGAGCAGAGUAUAUACGACGGAGCAGCUGAAAAUGGUGCUGAUGGCGGAAGUUCGACGGUGCCGGCGUUGAAUGUUGUAGAGAAGAGAAGGGGAUGUGUAAUUACAACAUUAUUUUUUUAGGGUCCAAAAAUAGAGAGAUUUAGAGAAGAGGUCUAGGGGAUUGUGAUAAGUGAGAUAGAUAUCUAUUAGGUGGUUGUAUGUUGCAACUAUCCUCCUUUCGUAUAUGCUUUUUAGGUAUUGUUAUAACAAUAAUGUAUUCCCGAUCAUCA